UAUUUUCUAGACGCUAUAAGAGAUACCGGUCUCCCCAAGUCGGCUAACGCUUGUUAGCAUGAGAGGCUAACCAUAGCUAAUGUUGGAGUUGAGCAAGUUACUUUAGCUCAACUGGGUAAACAAAUAACGUUAGCUUAGCUAUGAGCUAACGUCUGCUAGCCUUACGUCGUAAGCAGCAAUAACAAAGGGACUACCACAACGUCUCUGUUAACGUUUCUAAAAGUAUCGUUACACACGUUAGCCAGUAACGUUAGCUUGGUUUAGUUUGUUAGUCUUUUAUUUAACGUUCGUUAGCGGUUGGUUAACGUUACAUGGUAACGUCGUUGUGUAUCGUUUUGACAAGACGGUGAAGGGAAACUAGUUAUUUUUGCUAUUAAACAGAUGAAAUAGUAAUUUCAAUCAAUGUGAACGUAGUUGAUUUAAAUACAUGUUUAUCUCCUGGUCGUACCAAGUGUAACGUUAGCUUAUGUUAGCUCGUUUCGUGGGUAUGAUUUGUACAGCUGACGUUAUGCCCAUUCUUGACAGCUCAUAUUGGGGAUUAAGGCCUAACUGACUGCGCUAGCUAUAUGUAACUUCAGUUAACGUAGCGUUAAGCUAUCCGGCUGCUGUCAGUGUUUAAAGGGCAGUCUCAUAAGCACCCUGCAGACGUUUUCUGUGGUAGCUUUAAAAAAAAUGUAUCGAGUAUCACUAACUUAAAACUAACGAGAACGGCCUCGAUACGUUUUUUAUCACCCUGAAGUGUGUAGUAAAAUAUUUACAGUAUAGUCAUACGCCGUGAGUGCGUUACUGUAACGUUCAAUCGAUGUAACGCUAGCCUUUUCUCUUUCCCAGGCUCCUCAGCAGAGGCACUUGUCAGUCUGAAAGGUAUGUGGGCUGCAUCUUUAUUUAACUUUCUGUGCAUCUGUCCCUGACACUGUAAGGCAGUUUGUCCAACACUCUGAAUGAAAAGAACAGCUUCCCAAGAGCUCACAACACCAGGGGACGACAGUCCUCCCUCAUAAUGGACACACCCACGCGGAGCUCAAAAAGGAGUCGUUUGUUUCGGGAGGAGGAUGAGUCGCCCCAACAGCGUCUCCCCUCUAGAUCCCCUCGGAGGAGCCAACGGGUCAGCACCACCCCACAGAAAUGUUCUAAUGUGGUGACACCAGAUAAGAAGGCAUCCCAGAAAAUAGGGCUGAGAUUAAGAAACCUCCUUAAGCUUCCCAAAGCUCACAAAUGGUGCAUCUACGAAUGGUUCUAUUCCAAUAUCGACAGACCGCUCUUUGAGGGCGACAAUGAGUUCUGCCUGUGUCUCAAGGAGUCUUUCCCCAACCUGAAAACGAGAAAGCUGACGAGGGUCGAGUGGGGAACAAUCAGGAGACUGAUGGGGAAACCCAGACGGUGUUCGUCAGCGUUCUUCGCUGAGGAGCGGACAGCGCUGAGGCAGAAGAGGCAGAAGAUGCGUCUGCUGCAGCAGAGAAAACUGUCCGACGUGUCGAACUGCAAAGACCUUCCAGAUGAAAUCCCUCUGCCACUCAUCAUAGGAACCAAAGUCACCGCUCGACUCCGGGGCGUCCAUGACGGGCUGUUCACCGGGCAGAUCGAUGCAGUGGACACGAGCGCUGCCACCUAUCGCGUCACCUUCGACCGCAGUGGCCUGGGAACACACACUGUGCCUGACUACGAAGUCUUGAGCAAUGAGCCCAAUGAGACCAUGCCCAUCUCAGCCUUUGCCCAGAAGCAUCGGAUAUCACGCUACAUGCAGAACGUCGUGACUCCGCCCAGGGGGCCUUACCCAUCCGCCACCACUCCCAUCCUCAUGGACAAUGACCCUCUCGUCAACCAGUCGCCGUGGAGGAACAAGCUGCCUGGUGCUGAGGGAGAUACUCUGGGAGGAUUUCCUGUCAAAUUCCUCAUCCAAGUGACGAGGCUGUCCAAGAUCCUCAUGAUCAAGAAAGACCACAUCAAGAACUUGAAAGAAAUGAACACAGAGGCAGAGAAGCUGAAGUCGUACUCGAUGCCUAUUGACCUGGACUUUCAGAAGCGAUAUGCGACCACGGUGCUCGAGCUUGAACGGCUUAAUAAGGAUCUGAAUAAGGUGCUCCAUGAAGUUCAGCAGUUCUGCUGUGAUCUGGCUCCAGAUCAGGGCAUGGUUCCGGCCGACCAUCCCACAGAGCUGCGGCGGCGCUGUGAGGACGAAGCCCAGCAGAUGGUGCAGCUGAGCAACUCGCUGAAGGAGGGACAGCAGAGCGUGACCAACCCCAGCCUGACGCACCUCAUCUCCCGCCUCACCGCUCUACUGCUGCAGAUCAAGUGUCUGGCAGAUGGGGGAGACCUGAAUUCCUUUGAAUUUAAAUCUCUAACAGACUCCCUUAAUGACAUCAAGGCAUCCAUUGAUCCCUCCAACCUCAGUUGCUUCCAGAAUAAUGUUGAGAUCCACGUGGCACACAUCCAGAGUGGCCUUAGUCAGCUGGGAAAUCUGCACGCAUUCUCUGCCAACAACACCAAUGCAGUCUGAGAACCGGCCUCCUCCACACCACACGCAGCGGUGCGGCCCGUUAACACGGUCUCUUGAGACGGUGCUUUCACCUGAACUGAUACGAGGAUACGAGACUGCUCACAUGGAUGUUGUGGACCACCGCCGUGCGAUCUGAAUUUGGACGUCCCAGUGAACCGACUCAGCGUUCUGCCCGGACUCCCGCAGCGUUGUGCUGAAGGGACGGAGGACGUCCGAAGUAUUUUAGCCGCCCAUUUUACUGUAUGAAAAAUGUUGGUGCACCCAAUUGAACACGAAUCUGAAAGAACCUUUAGCUGUUGCUACAAAUCCACAUCUCCAAACUGUCGAUGGUUAUUUAUUGGUUUCAUGUGCCAAACAUUGAUUUUUACCGUUUUUAUAGUCCAUAUUUAUUUAUUUUUGAGUAGGUGUGUAUGGUUAUGAAACAAUAUUUUGCUAUCUCUAAAGUUUAACCCUGUAAGUGACGUGUUCUGUUGCUCCGCUGAUGGUAAGCACGGGGAGCAAGAAUGUUUUAUAAAAUUGUUCAUUGUAGAUAAUUGUACAAUAUCUCUGAUUAUUAGAACUACCGUCAACAUUUCUGCUGUGUAUUCAGAAAUGGGUUUUUGUAAUUUUGUGUGCACUGAAAAGAGAUUUUGGUAUUUUUAUAAAGGAGAACUCUGGGGUUUUGAAGCCUUUUACUUCCUUAAGAUCUUAGCAUUUCCAUAUUUGGCAUGGCUACUACUGCAACCCCCACACUAAGCCUGGAAAAUUUAAGUCAACCGUUUUUUCCUUGAGAAUCUCCUUUUUCAGUUUUGUAAAGUUGUAUAUGAGAGUGCCUCGGGGCAAUUGUAUAUAAAUGUUUCCGUCUUUUUAUAUUAAACAUAAUAUUGCAAAGCAGUAAUCUGUCUUCUAGUUUUUAGUCUUUAUUAACAGACCUAAACACACAGCUUUCUUCUUAUUCUUUUUUCACAAUCAACACUUUUAUUACAAUUUAACAAUAAAUACAAACUUUCCAUUUACGCAAACAACUGUAUAGUGCCUCUUAUGAUCCAUGUAGCUGUCUUUAUAUCGGCUCUUAUAAUGCAUCACAUAAAGCCACUGAAGCCAGCCAUGGC